AUGGACCGCCUCUGGACUGCGGAAUUCUCCCUUGCUGCUGUUACUCCUAGUGUGUCUAGAACGGAUGCUACCACAAGUGCAGAUGCUGCUGCAGGCCCACGUCAGCUAUACAAGGUAUUGAAGGCGUUUCGCCUAGAAUGGAGAGCGACCCGGCGUUUCGUGCUGGCACUAGAACCAAGGGGAGAGGUUCGAGUGCUAGGAGGGGGUAAAGGGCAUCACCAGGGGGCUCCCAAAGAACACGGUGCAUCAGAAAACGAAGCACAGAAGAGGGAGAGCGCAGGCAGAUGGGCACUGGGAGCGAUCUACGGGCUCCGAGAAGGGCAGUUUGAAGUGCGUCACGACGCGCCGUUUGUGCUAAGGGAGGCGGCAGCGGCAGCUUCUGCGUUUCGUGCUCUAGGGUCACUUCCUGCUGAUCUGCAUGCAGAGGCUAUUCAGAGCAGCUCCUGCUCCGCCUGUCGUGCUGGUAUGGCUGCUACACCAGCAACAACCGCUCCGAUUGCCGAGGCGAAUGCGGCACAGCAAUGGUUGCAGCAAAAAGCGGCAGCACGAGGCGCCGGGCAAGAAAGAGCGCCAGCGGCAGCUUCUUCAGCGGAGGAAAUAGAAGACGAGAAUGAAAAAGCAGAGGAUUGGGAUGCCUACAGGCAUCAGGAGUUUCCAGAGGCACUAGCCUUUCACCAGAUGUACAGGCAACAAUUAAUGGAAGGCCUCACUGCCACAGAAAAGCACAAACUCCAGGUGUUUCAGAACCUCAUACAUCUGAGGUUCCCUCAUGCUGAUUUGAAGAAGCGGCAGCCGGAGCUGUUCUGGAUCUCAGAGAGGCACGCCAUUGGGAGGCAGAAAGAACAAGCGCUAAAGAAGAAAAAGAAGUAG